CAACAGCAAGGACUCCGCGUCUUUCCAUCCACCGCGCCGUUGUAACCACCUCGCCUCAACAUGACACCGCGUCGCCGUCUAGCACGACAUCUUGCACGAUGAGCGCGCGCGAGUACCCCUCCGCGGGUCAGACUCCGCGCGAAGCCUCUCCGAGUCGCCGCCAUCCCACCAGCGAGGCGGUCGCCUACGACGCCCCCGGCAGCUACCACAAUGUCGACGACGUCCACACCGCCGUGCCCGAGGCCGAUCCCGCGUCCGGGUAUAUGAGGCGCAUCACUUCCGAAGAGUGCCACGACUGCGAAGACGGCGAUGCGGAUGCGGUACCUUCGCGACGGCGCAGCCCCGGCCGCGCGCCCGCCCGCAAAACGAGCUCGGCCAGCAGCAGCAGACGGCCGAAGCAGCCAGCCAGCGUCGCAAACGACGACUGCUACACGGCGCCCGACUGCUGGGCCAACCUCGACGAGCUCGCCGCUGCGUCGCCUGUGCAGAAUGUCACCGACGGGCCCAUAUACCGACACCACAGCCUCGAAGAGACGCGCAGCCGCGACCAAGAGGACCGUCGGAGUCACUCGUCCCGCGGACGACACCAAGACGCCGUGCCCCCCGUGGCAGGGAGCGACAGCUAUGACAAACAGACACACAUAUCCUCGCUUGCGACCCAAAUAUACACGCUCUCCUAUUUAGUCUUCUUUUCCCUGCUCGGCACCCUCGCGCGUGUCGGCCUCACCGCGCUGACGCACUAUCCCGACACGCCCGUCAUUUUUACUACCAUCUGGGCCAACUUCGGCGGCAGCCUCAUCAUGGGCUUCCUCGGCGAGGACCGCAUGCUGUUCCGCUACGAGUGGGGUACACCCGCGUACGACAGAGUGCUCGAACGCGCAAAGCGUGAAGAUGAAGAGAGCGCUGGCACGUCGGGCGGAUCGGGACCCGCCGCUUCUGCAACCAAGGAAGCCGUAGUGGACCUUGCGGCAGCAAAGAAGGCGCAUCUUGCGACCAAGAAGACGAUUCCGCUCUACAUUGGUCUGGCUACGGGCUUUUGUGGCAGCUUUACCAGCUUCUCGACCUUUAUUCGCGACGUCUUCCUCGCCAUGUCCAACGACAUGGUGGCGCCCGGGUUUGGCACACAGGCGGUAAGCCGCAACGGCGGCUACUCCUUUAUGGCGAUGCUGGCCGUCAUCAUAACCACGGUCUGCCUCUCGCUUGGUGGCCUGUUUGUCGGAGCACACCUUGCCAUCGCGUCGGAACGCUUCACUCCGUCGAUACCAUUCCGCAUCGCGCGCCGCAUCCUCGACCCACUCGCCGUCUUCCUCGGCUGGGGUUGCUGGCUCGGCGCCGUGCUGCUAUCCAUAUUUCCGCCGCACGACAAUUGGCGCGGGCGGGCGACAUUUGCGCUCGUCUUCGCGCCGCUGGGCUGCCUCCUGCGCUUUUAUCUCUCGCUGUGGCUCAACGGACGGUUCGCCUGCUUCCCGCUGGGCACCUUUACGGCCAACAUCUUUGGCACGGCGGUGUUGGGCAUGGCGUGGGACAUCGCCAAUGUCCCCGUUGGCGGGCUCGUCGGGUGCCAGGUGCUGCAGGGCGUCGAGGACGGCUUCUGCGGCUGCCUGACGACCGUGUCCACGUGGGUCGCCGAGCUGAGCAGCCUGAGGAGGAGGAAUGCGUACGUCUACGGCACGGCGAGCGUGGUGGCGGCGUUUGCGGUCAUGGUGGCGGUCAUGGGCGGGCUGCGGUGGACGGAUGGGUUUGCGGCGCUCAACUGCCAUUGAUCUUGAUGGCAGCUGAUGUCAAUCUACCAGGAUCCCCUUGCAAUUACAUUAUUCGUGAGCUGUUGCUCGUUAUCAAAGUGGCUGAAGUGUUCCCUCUUGAAGCGGCUGGGGAGCAUGUUGCAACCCAUCAACACAACACAUACAUCGGACGGGCCGUGUAUAUGUACCUGAUUCUUAAACUUAUUCCCCGGAAUUAUUAGCAGGGACAUUCGCGAUGCUUGAAUCCUGUUAACCUCGGCGGUUGGUUGAUGGGAGGUGCAGCGGGGGCAGCGGUUUAGGGGAGUUGCUGGCCAGCUGCCGCCAGCUGUUGGUCGGGUGGUUCAGGCG